UGAACCCAAAGUCCAGCCUCGUAUAUGGGAAGAAAGAUAGAAGUCCGUAAGGGAGAAAGAAAAAAGACGAAGGUCACUACGAUUGAAGAUCCCUCGCAAUAGAGGCGUCAAUUGGCUUCCGUCGACGAAGAGGCGGUCGUCGAUCGUCUUUCAGCGUUGGCCAAGUACGAACUAGGAACGAGGCUCCAGCUUUACAUAUCCUGAUUCCAGGUCUAGACACUCUGGCUUCCUCAGCAAACGAACAGCGAGAUCUAUUGACUCCAGCUCCCUUUAAUUCUUUGUUCAAACUAGAGACAUAAAGACAUGCUAGGGUUUUCAUACGGAGAGUUGUUUCUAUUGCUUGGAGCUACUGCGGCUUUAAUUGGACCUAAGGACCUUCCAGUCAUAGCAAGAACUGCUGGGAGGUUAUCUGGCCGUGCUAUUGGCUAUGUUCAAAUGGCCCGUGGUCAAUUUGAGAGUGUCAUGCAGCAAACUCAAGCUCGACAGGUCCAUAAAGAGCUACAAGAUACAAUUGCUCAAUUAGAAGCCAUACGACAUGAAAUCCGAACCAUUUCUUUUGUGAAUCCGGGUCCAUUAACCACAAGGCUAGUUGAUAACAUAAAAAACCACCCACCCACUGCUGGUGCUGGUACAUCGGUGGAAAAUGGACCUGAAAAGUCUGAAAGUAAGGGCACAACUAUCAGUAACACACCCAAGGAUUGUAACUUUAAGCCCUCAACCCCUUCUGAUAUGAACAGUCAAGCAACAGCAUAUGCAAAACUCGCCGAAAUCACAUUAUCAAAACCCAAGUAUGAAAACUGCGAAGCUCUGGAUGAGGUUCCUGAUAAAUCUGGUAAUCUUGUGCUUCCAGUCUCUGCUAAAAGUGCAGGUCUGUUGCCUGAUCAUACAGCUGAAGCAAAGGGAUCUGACAUUGUGCUAGAAGCUAUUAUAGAGGCAGAUGUGGCACAAAAUGCAAAGAAGUUUUUCUCACAGCCCCAAAAUCAAAUGAAAUGUGAAUAGAGGUACCUGGUUAUUCAAUAAAGGGAAAAGGGGCAAAUAAGCCCUCGAACUAAUAAAAAAAGUGCAAAUAAGCCCUUUUGUAAGAGGUUCUGUCCGGUCGCCAUUAUUUGGAGAGGUUCCCGGUAGAGUUUUUUGAUAAAUUUUUUUGAGUAUCUUCUUCAUUAAGUCUAGUUUGGCCAUAUCAAAUUUCAGCUAAAAAUUCAACCGGGAAGGCACUCAAAUGAUUUUCCGAAAUAUACUGUGUUGUUUAACUACGCAGUUAUCUUCAAAAAUUCAUUUGACUGUCUUCCCGAUUGAAUUUUUAGCUGAAAUUCGAUAUGAGCAAACUAGACUUAAUGAAUAAGAUGCUAAAAAAAACUCAUCAAAAAAUUCCACCGGGAACCUCCUCAAAUGACGAUGGCCGGACGAAACCUCCUACAAAAGGGCUUAUUUGCACUUUUUUGGUUAGUUCGAGGGCUUAUUUGCCCCUUUUCCCUUCAAUAAAUAGUGUAGCUAUUCAGAUUAACCGUUUGAUUGUGUGACAUCUAUCGCGUCUGAUGGCUUGGGAAGUGUAUUGAUUUGCAAAACUAGGUCAUUUCACCCCAGAUUACCUUCUUGGAGUUCUCACUAUGAUUAGAAUGUCCUUUGGUCCUAACAUAUCAAAAUCCUAGCUCAGCACACAUAAUUCAACGUAUGAAGUAUGUAAAACUACUCGGUUAACAACCUCAACUGAUAUGUAGGUGUUAGGAACUGGAAACAGGAAUAUCAGGGCGAAGUUAAAUUCUGGGUUAAUCAACAAAUUUACCGUCUCUAUAGAGGAAGAGUACCCAUUAGAGUUGAAGUAGCUCUGAGGAAUGGAAAGAACUCUGCAUAUGAAAAGAGUUUUAAGCAGUGAAAUAAGGCAAUGUUUUGAGGAGCCCUAAAAAACUGUAGGUGGAUGAGGAAGACCAGAUGCGUAGGCGUAGCUUCUCACAUGUAUUUUUUGUUUCUGUUUUAUUUCUAUCUUCUUAAUGAAUGGAGAGUAUAUUUUUGAUAAAGAAAUCAUUAUAUUUCUCCAAUACAGUCAUGUUAUAUCGUGAAAAACUAAAAGCGAUACUAUCAACAUGACCAAGAAGGCAUCCACUAUUUUUUUUUCUUUGUAUUAAAAUAACCUUGGCAACAUACACCAUACUAAUGCCAAUGUAUCAUUAGUAUGGUGUAUGUUGCCAAGAUUAUUUUAAACUCAAGAUCCUAGCACGGAUCGAAAUUCGAAAGGGGUCGAAAAGACCGUAACUUGUGGAUCAUAACUCACAUCAUAAGAUCAUAGAAACAAAACUACCAUGCUAUUCUUAUUCGAAAACCCGAAGCCUGGGUUAUUUACUCGGCGAGUACUCAGCGAGUACUCAGUGAGUACUCCCUACUCGGCCUAUGACCUUGCAGAGUAGCACAUUACUCGGCCCGAGUUAUUAUUCCGAGUUACUCGCCGAGUACUCGGCGAGUUAGCCAACUUGGCCAGUGGGUCAAAAAGGCGAUUUAGUCGGGAGUACUCGGUAUGUAAAAAAAAACAUUACCUUCGCUUGGAAAAAAAUUAAAUUGAGAUUAUCCUCUGUGUUGUUUCUUAUUCUCCCUCAUGUUGCCUAUUAUAUUCUUCUCUGUAUACUGUAAUAAACUCUGAGAAUUUUGGAUUGUUCUUCGUUUGCUUGUGCUUCUUAAACCGGUGUUUUCAUUGUACAUUUUCAAGUCUUUGGCCAACUAAAGUGAAUGUAUUGAAUGUACCCCUGAGAACUGAGUUGCUGAAUGCUGAAAUAAAAUCUCUUAAUUGAAAAGGUGAAAAAUAUAGCUUAGCAAAAAGGCAUCAUGUUUGGUUUUGGGUGAGCUGCAAUUUUCAUUUAGGGAACUACCUUUGAGGACUAGUUGUUCGGUAGGUGCCACUUUGAAGUUACUUUGAAGUUCUUCAAUUGGAAUAAGAAUAGGUGCCAAAAAACUACAGAAAAUAUUUGCCUUUCCACUGCUCGUGCUUCUUGAAGUUGUAUUCUGGUAUUGUAUACGUAUUAUAUGCAUUUUAAGACAAUUUCUAUCCUUUUAUUCACUUCUAAACAUUUUAAGACAAUUUAAAGACAAUUUUAUUACUAUAUUAAGACUACUAUAUUUAAAUAUAUUUUUUAUAUUUAAUUAAUACUAGGCCGAGUAAUCACCGAGUAAUCCCGAGUAAUCGGUCAUACUCGCUACUCGGCCCUUGACCGAGUAGCUACCGAGUAGCGAGUAAACUACCUAGCCCGAAGCCUUACUUGAUUAUUAAACAUGCCAGGACUUAAACAGGCCAAGCCUUAAACAGUUCAGGCCGUAGGUCCCUGACAGGUCUAGCCUAUUCUCACCCAUACCUAGAAUAUAAUCAAGAGCUGUCAAAAUUUUAACUUAGGGUGUAUUCUUUUGGACAAUUAUUUGUUGGUCUAUUCUUGUAUGCUUAAGUCUGGUCUGAGCUAGUCUGGUCUAUGUGUAUUUUAUAACUAUCAAAGUCUGAUCUGGUCAUUAGUCUGGUCUGGGACUGAAAACAGUUCAAAAGAAAACGUUGUUAUAUGGAUCACAUAAUUUGUUCGCACAAAUUUUAUGGCGAUUUUUUUUUUAUAUUGAGUAUAUUUGGUGUGCACGAGACAUGAUUUACUUAAACAUUUGACAUUGUCACAUUUGCAUGCCCGGACCGCAUCUUUGUUUUAAAGCAUGAAAAACAACUAAAAAUGAUUAAUGACUUAGGAUGUUUUUACUUGAACUGUUUUGAGUCCCAGACCAGACCUAAACAGACCAGAUCAGACUUAAACAGACUAGGCCAGACCAGACUUAAACGGACAAAUCAGACCAGACUUGACUUUCGUUGUUAUAAAAUACACAGAGACCGGACGACAGACGUUUAUCAGACCAUACCAGACCAGACCAACAAAUUACAGUCCAAGUGAAAACAUCCCUAAUGUAUUACUCACUCCGUCCCAAAAAGGUUGACCAAAUUUCCUUUUUUGGAUGUCGCAAAAAGAUUUGUCAUUUCCAUUUAAAGUAAAGAAUAUGUGGCUAAAACUAAUUCUCUUUCCUCUGCACAAAUUUCAACCAUACAG